CCUCCCCGUCUAUCCCACCGUGUUGCUCCCUUCCCCAUUUCGCUGCUUUGUUUUCAUUGUGACUCUUUUGAUCAUGGCUGCUUAUUCUACCGAGGAACCGUUCCCUUUUCACGGGCUGCUCCCCAAAAAAGAGACCGGCGCCGCGUCUUAUCUCACCAGGUUCCCCGAGUACGAUGGCCGAGGUGUACUCAUCGCCAUUCUUGACACCGGUGUGGAUCCAGGGGCUCCGGGCAUGCAGGUCACAACAGAGGGGAAGCCAAAGAUUGUGGACAUCAUCGACACAACAGGUAGCGGUGACGUGAACAUGACCACGGUGGUGGAACCCAAAGAUGGAGCAGUCGCUGGCCUCUCUGGUAGAACGCUGAAGAUCCCUCCCGCCUGGGUCAAUCCAUCAGGGAAGUAUCGCAUUGGAGUUAAAAAUGGCUAUGAGUUCUUCCCUAAGGCUCUUAAAGAGAGAAUACAGAAAGAACGUAAGGAGAAAAUGUGGGACCCCCCGCACAGAGCGGCCCUUGCUGAGGUCAGUCGCAGGACAGAGGAGUUUGACCUCUCUCACCCAUCACCUUCACAGACGGAGAAGCUGCAGAAGGAGGAGCUUCAGAGUCAGUCAGAGCUGCUGGCAUCUCUAGAGAAGAAAUACAGUGACCCAGGUCCUGUGUAUGACUGUGUGCUUUGGCAUGACGGCGUCACAUGGAGGGCUGUAGUGGACACCUCAGAGAGCGGGGAAUUGUCACAGUGCACUGUACUCAGCUCCUACAGAGAGACUCAAGAGUACGCCUCUCUAGGAAAUGCUGAGAUGCUUAACUACUCCGUCAAUAUUUACGACGAGGGAAACACACUCUGCAUCGUCACCAGUGGAGGGGCUCAUGGGACACAUGUGGCAAGUAUUGCAGCAGGUUACUUCCCGGAAGAACCAGAGCGCAAUGGUGUUGCCCCUGGUGCCCAAAUCCUGGCUCUGAAGAUUGGAGACACCCGACUCAGCACCAUGGAAACAGGCACAGGCCUUAUUCGUGCGAUGAUUGAAGUGAUCAACCAUAAGUGUGACCUGGUAAACUACAGUUAUGGGGAAGCCACCCAUUGGCCGAAUUCAGGGAGGAUUUGCGAAGUCAUCACAGAGGCUGUGCAGAAACACGAUGUAAUAUUUGUGUCGAGUGCAGGAAACAAUGGGCCAUGCCUCUCCACGGUUGGCUGCCCUGGUGGAACCACCAGCAGUGUUAUAGGUGUGGGAGCUUAUGUGACCCCAGACAUGAUGGUGGCUGAAUAUUCCCUGAGGGAGAAGCUCCCGCCUAACCAGUACACCUGGUCGUCUAGGGGCCCCAGUACAGACGGGGCUCUGGGGGUCAGCAUCAGUGCUCCUGGGGGCGCCAUUGCAUCUGUACCCAACUGGACCCUUCGUGGUACCCAGCUGAUGAACGGCACAUCCAUGUCAUCCCCCAAUGCCUGUGGCGGCAUUGCAUUAAUCCUCUCAGGUCUGAAGCAGAACGGGAUCCGUCCCUCUGUUCCUGCUGUGAGGAGAGCGCUGGAGAACACAGCUCUGAAGGUUGAUGACAUCGAGGUGUUUGCACAGGGCCAUGGAAUUAUCCAGGUGGACAAGGCAUUAGACUACCUCACUCAGCAUGCCUCGUUACCCACAAGUCAACUGGGCUUCUCAGUAACUGUGGGAACACAGAGAGGUAUCUACCUCAGGGAUCCUGCUCAUGUUCUAGCACCCUCAGAUCAUGGAGUAGGAAUUGAACCCAUCUUCCCAGAGAACACAGGGAAUUCUGACAGAAUUUCCCUUCAGCUACACUUAGCCCUAACGUGUGCUGCCCCCUGGGUCCAGUGCCCCUCCCACCUAGAGCUGAUGAAUCAGUGUCGUCACGUUAAUGUCCGCAUCGAUCCCGUGGGCCUGAGAGAGGGACUGCACUAUACCGAGGUUUUAGGCUAUGAUACUGCAGUGCCGAGCUCUGGUCCCUUAUUCAGAGUCCCCAUCACCAUCAUUAUCCCCACCAAGGUGACUGAGAGUCGUAAUCAGGAGUUGUGUUUCACAGACAUCCACUUCAGACCAGGGCAGAUCAGACGCCACUUCAUCACUGUUCCUCAGGGUGCCUCCUGGGCAGAGAUCACACUGACCUCUCAUUCGGGGGAUGUGUCAUCGAAGUUUGUUCUCCAUGCGGUGCACCUGGUCAAGCAGAAAGCCUACAGAGCAAAUGAAUUUUACAAGUUCUCUUCGCUACUGGAAAAAGGCUCGCUUACUGAGGCUUUCCCUGUGCUGUCAGGUAGGAUAGUAGAGCUGUGUAUUGCACGCUGGUGGGCGAGCCUUGGUGACGUCACCGUUGACUACAGCAUCACGUUCCAUGGUCUCACCACCUCUCCCUCUCCCCUACACAUACAUGCAUCAGAGGGAGUGACGAGUUUUGAGGUAUUGUCACCUCUGAGGUAUGAAGAUGUGUCUCCUAGCAUCACCCUCAAGUCCUGGGUUCAGCCCCUCAGGCCAGUAAGCUCCAAGAUAAAAGCCCUGGGUGUGAGGGAUGUGCUCCCAAAUAACAGGCAACUCUACGAGAUUGUCCUCACCUACAGCUUUCACCAGCCCAAGAGUGGAGAAGUCACCCCUAGCUGUCCCAUGCUGUGUGAGCUGCUCUAUGAGUCUGAGUUUGACAGCCAGCUCUGGAUGCUGUUUGACCAGAAUAAGAGACUUCUGGGCUCAGGAGAUGCCUACCCACACCAGUAUUCUCUGAAACUGGAAAAGGGCGACUACACGCUGCGUCUGCAGGUGCGUCAUGAACAAUCCAGUGAGCUUGAACGCCUAAAGGAUCUGCCAUUUGUGGUCUCCCACCGUCUGUCCACCACGCUGACGCUAGAUGUGUAUGAGACACACCGCACCGCCCUCAUUGCCAAGAAGAAGGCCAACAGCGUCACCCUGUCCCCAGGGGCUACGCAGCCUUUUUACAUCACAUCCCUACCAGAUGACAAGAUCCCUAAGGGGACGAGUCCAGGGUGCUACCUUUCAGGCUCUCUCAUCGUUCCCAAGAGCGAGUAUGGCAAGAAAGCAGGGCAGGCCUCUGCAAAACGACAAGGAAAGUUUAAAAAGGAAAUUGUGCCAGUCAUCUACCACUUAAUCCCUGCACCCAACAAGUCAAAGAAUGGAGGGAAGGAGAAGGACAAGGAAGCAGAGAAAGAGAAAGAUGUGAAAGACGAGUUUGCAGAGGCCCUCAGAGACUUGAAGAUUCAGUGGAUGACAAAGUUGGACACCAGCACUCUUUAUGAUGAUCUGAAGGAAAACUACCCCUCUUACCUUCCACUACAUGUGCAGAGACUACACCAGUUGGAUUUAGAGAAGGAGCGUUUGAAACGUCUCGGGGAGGUGGUGUCAGCAGCUGACAUUGUUAUUUCCCACAUUGACCAGACAGCUCUGGCUGUCUACCUCACCAUGAAGACAGACCCGCGACCGGAUGCUGCUUCUAUCAAGAGUGAUAUGGAGAAGCAGAAGUCGUCUCUGCUGGAUGCUCUGUGCAGGAGGGGCUGCGCUCUGGCCGACCAUCUCCUGCUGCCGCCUGCGUCCCAGGACGGGGCCAGUGCUGUUGGCUCGGUGUCAGCAGCAGCCGAGGCGGCAGCGGACCAGGUGGGAAGCAGCUCCGAUGACACGGUGCACACCAUAGCCAAAACCCUCACAGACACUUUUUGGGAGGUGCAGAAGUGGGCGGAGCUGACUGAUUCUAAAGUGCUGACAUUUGCCUACAAACAUGCUUUAGUGAAUAAGAUGUACGGCCGAGCCUUGAAAUACGCCUCCAAGAUUGUAGAAGACAAGCCCAGCAAAGAAAAUAUGAAGAACUGCAUUCAGCUGAUGCGGCACCUAGGAUGGACACACUGUGCCACCUUCACUGAGAACUGGCUUCCCAUCAUGUACCCUGUAGACUACACACCAUUCUAGACACAGACACCACACACAUGCAUGCACAAGGCCACACACAGUCCAUACAAGGUCACUCCAGUUUCAUGUCCCUCAGGGUCACAUGAUCUAUGCAUCUGACCAACCAGCUGCCUCUCUUGAGAAUAGACUAAUGUUUUUAAGCAAGGCAUGGUGAGUCACCAAAAUGAAGGAAAAACCUGAGUGUAAAACGAGAGUACAUUUUAAGAAUGUGAGGUUGCAUUCCCCUUGACAAAGAGCACUCGAACCCUUUAGAAGGCAGUAGCGUCUCAGAGCAUUUCAAGGUGGCCAUUGACCAGCCUGGUGAGCAUCAGGAUACUGUAACACACAGCAUGGCCGUCUGAGUGGCUCAACCUCUGUGUAUUCAAACGCCUACAUUAGCAAAAGGGCAAGUGAUUGAAUUUCUCUCACUUAAAUUGUUUUGUUUGUGUCUGAAUCUCUGUCAAGGCACAUUGAAACUGUAACUCGGUGCUUUCUUGGUCAGGUGUUUCCUUUAUUCUGGUGUCGUCUGCAGAUUUUGAGGCUUCAACAUCCACUCAUACUCCGCUGUCUCAGACUCCAUGUCUCAUUCAUAUAAGUAACCUCAUUGUAUGUGUACUGUACCAGGGCCUGUGUGGAUACUAGGCAUGCAUCCCAAAUUUAAAAGAAAAACAACAAAAUCAAAUAAGAACUGUCACCUCCCACCUACUCACCAUCAAUAAAAAAGACACUACAGCUGGCCAUACAGCUGGUUCAAUAUGAAGACAAGGAGGACACGCUGCUGUACAGUGUUUGGACACAACUUCACACAAAGUCUGCCUGCUCACCUGAUUUUAAAAAGAGAUUUUGGUAAAACUAGCACAUUUUUUUUUUAAAUCUCAGCCAUCUUUGCUGAUGUGAAAUGUUAAUGCUGUAAAAUUCACCAUUUCAAAACAUUGAGGUGCCCUUCUCCUUGUAUUUCACCUGUUCACAUGGAAACUUCUUGCAGAAAAGUGGCACAUGGCCUUUUUUCCGCAGGAAGCAGCAGAAUCUGUGGUGCAGGGGUCCUCCUUAUUACAGUGCAACUGGUCGCUUAUCGUCAUUUCACUCAUCUGCCUUUGGUGGCCGUUUGGUUUUAAGGGUCAUAUCAACAGCACGAUGUGUCCAUGCACCAUGUGCCAGCCAUCAGUGACUGUAAGGAUUGAGGAACGCUAAGCCGCCACCAUCCCUCACUUGGCUUCCACUUGCUUUCAGAGGCACGAGCCCACCAGCUCAUACUGCUGAGUUUGCCUAACAAGCAGUUACUUAAGCCACACAUUUGACCACGAUUUACAGACCUUGCUGUCUAGACUGAGGGUAUUUUAGUUCUGUUCAGUUGUGGAUGGCAAUGGAUAAAUUUCAUUGUGAAACAUUCACUCAGUAUUAGAAAUAUUUCUCUGCAGCAUUCAAAAUGUUGCAGUUGUACACAGUGUCGUUAAAUAAUGUACAUACACACGUAACACAAUAUAAAGAUGCAAUAUAAGUAUAUAAUACAAAUAUUCUCAUUGAUGUAUUUUGCAUAUAUGCAUGUCUUCUAGGAUGUAAGGAGAAAACAUAGUUUUAUUUGGAAGCAGAUUUUAGUUUGUUUCAAUUUGGGAAAAAAAAGAUUUUUAACCCCCUACAAUAUUCUGAAAGACCUAAUGUCAUUAUUUUCAUGGGUGUGUGUUUGUGUAUGACUUUAUGUAUACUUGUGAGCAUAUUUGUGUAACUGAAUGUUUCCUCACCACUGAACUGAAAGUGUCAUAAGCCAGUUAGCAGAUAUACAUAGUGUGUGUGUGGGUGUGGGUGUGUGUGUGUGUGUGUGUAUAUGUACGCCUGUAAAGCAUGAGUUUUUGUUUUUUGUUUUUAGACACCUUAUUUACAUUAAAAUAUAUGACCUGAAUACUGUAAAGAACUAAGAUACAUGGAUGUAUGAUUUGUAAUGCCAUGUAUGCAGAAGGGCAUCGUGUGGUGUGUAUUCGUGUAGUGAAGCUGAACAGGGCGGUUCUGCACACCCUCACAUAUUCGCUAAGGCUAUCAGGUUGCUUUAUGGUCCUAAGUAAACAAGAGCUGCAAGCAAUAUAUGACCGUUGUAGUUUAAAUCAGUGGUUCUCAACCUUUUUGGCUUGUGAUCCCUUACAGCAAAGUGAUACCUGCUCAGGUCACGUGCUGCAUGUGCAGCAUAUUGACCAAAGAAUGAUUUUGCCUUUUCAGAUUGUUUCAUUUGAUUAUUGGAAGAGACAGAGAGGCUGUCAACUAUUCAGUGUUGCACGUGGAAAAAUUAUAGAAAAAUCAGGGAAAACAGAUGUAACUUUUUUAUAGCUGAAGGUUUUUGUAUCCUAUAAUUCAUUUUGUGAACCCCAGGUUGAGAACCAGUGGUUUAGAUUGUAAUGGUUCUGUUAAGGAGUCAGGAACAUUUUUCCUGGCAUGGUUCAAGUCCUCUCAGCGGUCCCAGGACAGUUGAGGAAGAUAUGCUUGAGAGUACACAGGGUCAUGGUCACUUUCAUUCUAAGGCCUUUCCUCUCUGACCUGGCAGAAAUAGUCUUUUCUGGGAUGACAGAAACAUAGAAACUGAGCCGUUUGAUAGACAUGAGGAAAAAAAAAACAUUCAUAUGCUGUGUUUCCAGUCACCGCAUCAUAUUUCAACCCCAGUUAACCCCGAGUAGCAACACUUUACUUAGAUCUUUUAUGUUGCUUCUGCUGUUUUCAGCCGGUUGGGAGUCUGUUAAGGGGUUUACUCAAGUUUGUUGGGUUUGGAUUUCAGCUAAGUUGUCGCUUGUAACCCUCCAAAUGUCUACCAAUGGUUAUUUCUAGUGGUAGACCUCUAGACCUCUCCCUGUAAAUCUUCUCUUUUCUCUUGCUUCUUCCCUUCUGUUCCUCUCUCCCUCUCUCCCAUAUUUGGGAUUUGGUUCAGACCUAAAUCAAGUUCAGGGUUCAGCUGUCUGUGCGUUGCCAAUGACAGUUUUCCGAAAAUGGCCUUAACUUUCACCACAGGACUGUACCGUCCAUUUUUUGGCACCAAACCGUUCUCACUAUCUCUAUCACUCUCAUUCUACUGGUGUCAGAAAGACUAAAGAAAUAUUUCUGGAUGCCUAGUAUUUAUAUUUAGUCAUAAAACAUAGUAAAUGCCAAUAUUUUACAGAAUGUUAUGAGUUAAACGUUGUAUGUUCUUAGUAUUGUUUUAUAACCAUUCUUCCUUGAUGGCAUAUGGAGAAGACCCCAGCUACCGUCACACUAUUUUGUGAUCGCAUACAUGGAACUAUGUCACAAACAAGGAAAAUGACACUGAAUAAAAAUGGUUUGGAAGAA